CCUCGCCUCUCGCCAGCGCUUCUGUUUCUGCACGUCAGCUCGCCACAGAGGGGUUUUUCCGUCUUUGCAAGCUUUUACAAACCAGAUGCAAACAUCAGCAGGCGUUUUUUUUAUUCCUGGCCUUUGUACAGAGUUUUAGAGUUGGUCGCUGGCGAUUCUUGACAUCAUACUGAUGGUCUUCACUUCUGCGCGCUCCACCCCGCCUGCCGGAGCGGAGCGCUGGACCAGAGAGACGCACACGGAGGGGAGAGCAGGCUGAUGUUAGCGGCUGUUGCGAGUCUCAGUCUGCCAGUUUAAAACUGUAGAAACAGCUAAGACGAACUUAAUGAAAGAAUGCUGCUUACUAUAGUUGGAUAUAGUUGGUUUAGAUAACGUGGAUCCACAUUGCGCUCGCUUGCUUUGUAGCCUUGUUUAGUGGUUUAUAACUGCACGCUUAAAGUGUAUUUAUGGUAAUAGAUUUAAUGCUUAAUAGGGGCCAGUUUGUGCUAUCAUUUCUUCAAAGUGAUGGCAGGUCGUUAGCAGCUCAACUUCAUUGUUUUCUUGGAGUUGGUGCAUGUGUAAUUACUUCUCUGCACCCAGCUGAUUACCUCUCAUAUCUGACUCUUAACAAUGAUCGCUGAAGGUCACGUUUCAACGCGACGCACUUGGCCAAUUAUUGUACAUCGUUUCUUUGGCGACCGUGUCUUGAUUUACAGAUAACUUUUACAUCUUAACAAACCAAACCGAGACCGGAAAAAAUAGCAGGGAUGACAUUUACUCAUGUGUUUUAGAAGUUGACUGGUUUAAGUCCACUUUAUAGCCGAGACAAACCGGACUAUGACUCGGUCACAACUUUGCUCUGCGCUCCUGCGGAUGACCCAGUGAAAAGUGUCAAAUCAUAUGUAGUUAAAUCGCGUCGGCCUGAAGAUGUUAGGAAGUCCGUCAAACAACGGCGGCAUCAGAAUGCUGGUGCCCCCUGCUCCGAACGACGACAGGCGGGUAGAGUUCGUGGCUCUCACCGCUGUCCACACGGAGAGAAGCGAGCCGUCCACUCCGGAGCGCGGACACCCGUCUCACCGCACAGGGCUGCUGGGCACCCCGCUGCCCGGGCCGCCCGGACCCCGGGCCAACGCGUCCGCCACAAGCAAACGCUUCAGAAAGUUGCAAAACUGCCUGUACAACGUGCUGGAAAGACCAAGAGGAUGGGCAUUCAUCUACCAUGCAUUCAUUUUUCUGCUGGUGUUCAGCUGCUUGGUGUUGUCCGUGUUCUCCACCAUCCCCGACCACCACAAGUUUGCCAACCAAGGCCUCUUCAUCCUGGAGUUUGUGAUGAUUGUGGUGUUCGGGUUGGAGUACUUCAUCAGGAUCUGGGCAGCCGGCUGUUGCUGCAGAUACCGUGGAUGGCAGGGACGACUGAGAUUUGCCAGGAAACCCUUCUGUGUCAUAGACUUCAUAGUAUUUGUGGCAUCGCUGGCAGUAAUCGCCGCAGGAACACAGGGCAACAUCUUCGCCACCUCGGCCCUGCGUAGCAUGCGCUUCCUGCAAAUCUUACGCAUGGUUCGUAUGGAUCGACGAGGAGGCACCUGGAAACUACUGGGCUCAGUGGUUUAUGCUCACAGCAAGGAGUUGAUUACAGCCUGGUACAUAGGUUUCCUGGUCCUGAUCUUUGCCUCCUUCCUCGUCUACCUGGCAGAGAAAGACAUAAACUCAGAUUUCAACACCUAUGCAGACUCCCUCUGGUGGGGGACUAUUACUCUAACGACUAUCGGCUAUGGUGAUAAGACCCCUCGUACCUGGCAAGGACGGCUCCUAGCUGCUGGCUUCGCUCUUCUGGGAGUCUCCUUCUUUGCCCUGCCUGCUGGAAUUUUGGGAUCAGGCUUUGCCUUGAAGGUUCAGGAGCAGCACCGACAGAAGCACUUUGAGAAGCGAAGGAUGCCCGCCGCCAACCUGAUACAGGCUGCAUGGCGUCUCUACUCUACAGAUGCCAAGCACUCUUAUCUAACAGCUACAUGGUACUUCUACGACAGCAUGCUGCCUUCUUUCAGAGAACUGACGCUACUGUUCAGUCACCUCCAGCGACAGCGUAACAACAAGAAGGUUCUCCACAACUCCUACCACACGCUGCUGUCUGGGCUGCGGCCCUACAGCUCCCCCUACCUGUCGGGGGACAGCAGUAAAAUAGGCUUCCGGGAUCGGAUCAGGAUGAACAAUUCCCGAUCAUCCCAAACCAUUCGGAACAAGGCGUCACCGCUGCCCCCUGGCUCCGGUGUCCGUCACUCUCCCAGCCAGGAGAACGUCCCAGAGGCCACCAGCCCGGGAAAGGUCCAGAAGAGCUGGAGCUUUAAUGACCGCACGCGCUUCCGUACUUCCCUUCGCCUUAAACCACGUCCUCCUGCAGAUGUGGAGGGGCUUGGGGAGGACAGCGUGGAAGACAAACCGUAUUGUGACGUGGCCAUGGAGGAGGUAAUCCCAGCAGUGAAGACACUUAUCCGAGCUGUCAGGAUCUUGAAGUUCCUUGUGGCCAAAAGGAAGUUUAAGGAGACAUUACGUCCGUAUGAUGUGAAGGACGUCAUAGAGCAGUACUCUGCUGGACACCUGGAUAUGCUGGGCCGCAUCAAGAGCCUGCAGAUGCGGGUGGACCAGAUCAUUGGGCGAGGGACCGUUCAGCCCGAUAAGAAGGUGCGCCCUGAAAAGGGAGAGAAGACGCCGCCAGAACUGGACCCACUGGAUGAGCUAAGCAUGAUGGGACGUGUAGUCAAGGUGGAGAAACAGGUACAGUCCAUAGAGAACAAGCUGGACCUCCUGCUCAACUUCUACUCCCAGUGCCUAAAGAAAGGCUCGUCCCACUUCACCCUUUCCUCCCUUCUGGACCCGGACCUGACAUCUGACUACCACAGCCCCACGGACCAAAGAGACCUCUUCCCCUCCGUAAACACGCUCAACAUCUCCCAGUCUGAGAGUGGCAACUUAGAAUGACAGUGAGCUGGGGGGGGGGCUGUUCAAGCACAGACGCAACCCCUUUACAUUACGUCUUCCUUCGGCUGAGUCUUCACUCCGAGCAGCUCGAUCUAAAUGUCUGUUUCCUCUCUUCACUACAUUUCAUUUCUGUCUGCGAUGAUUUCUGGCAACUCCACCCUCCUCCACUCCCAUCUCAAAUCUGCAUCCUCACCUCUUUUUCCUCAAGUGAAUGUCUCCAGAGCUGAUACAGACAUACCCACCAGAUGGCUCCACCUGACAAGGAGCCUCAGCCAAAGCUGCUCACCACACACGCCUCUCAACCCGCUAAAUGAGGAUGGAGAUAAUUAUUACUUGACUACUGAACCACUUUCACCCACUCACCACCUCAUGCUGUACAUAUAUAUAUAUAUAUAUAUCUACGCCUACUUUAAAGCUUCAACUGUAGAUAAUCAGACUUUUUAAGUUUUUUAAAUCUUUGGAGAAAUCUUGUCUUUUUUUCCCCCCAUCCUUAUUUCUUUUUUCUCUUGGCUGCUUGAAUCAACUGCCUCUGAGAGUUUGCUCACUCAGUUGACAUACACAGUGCUGCAAGUGUCAUUUGUUCAGUAACUUGCCAGUCACUGUUUAGAUGACAUCACAAUUCUUGAUACUGUGAUGAAUGUAAUGGGUCCCACCUGCAAUUAUGCAUUCACGUCACCAGGAAAACAAACAAGCACUGAUGUAAUCUGCUCUCUGGGACCUGGAUGUGCAGACUGGGCUGACAGCCACCUCGCCAAAGCACCAAACUUCUACGGUACAUAUGCCCUCCUAAACUAGGGCCUUUUACUUGUAAAUCCUGCUUUAAUUGCCUGGACGUGUCACAUGAAAACAGAGCUGGAGGAAUGUGUUGGAGUGACUGAUGUGUACUGUAUGUUGUUGUUUGUUUUGAUCUCCAUUCCUUCUCUGAAAAGUUCUGUCUUCAACAAGCCCACUUGCAAAAAAAAAAAAAAACCCAAAAUACCAAAACAAGACAUUAUUCCCUUUUUGGCUGGCAUUCAAGUGAGGAAUGUUCAUACUUAUUUAGGAUUAAAUAGAGCCAAAAUGUCCUUUCAUGGGUCCAAAAUCCCUCAUUUGCAAUAUUUCAAAGGCUACUUUACCUCCUUGAGUAUUUCAGUAACCUAACUGUGUUUUUCACAUGCCAUUUAAACCUCUCUGUCUUGCAGCCCACCCUCCAGACAUGCAUGUUCCUCAGACCAGUUCUGUAGAAAAAAUGUCAAUUUUCUCACAUUUUCUGCACUGCUCCUCAUCACUCGCAUCUAGCCACAGGUCAGGUUUACCAUGUCAGCUGGUUUCUUACAGGAUGAUAAUUCUCACUCCCAGUCAUCAGAUGCUACAUGCACAGCAGCUGUGGAGACAAUGUAGAAACUCUUUGGCCAGUUUGGUGCCGUUUUUCACCUGCGAGGUGUUCUGGUCUAACGCAUGGAUUCUAGGCCAUUAUCCUCAUGAAUGCACGUGUCUUAGGUACGUUAAAAACAGAACAC